AUGACUAUGGGGGGUAUACCAAACCCCAAGAGAGAGCUAGGGGAAAAGCGUGCUCCCUGGCUGUUGAAGCUUCGUUCUUCCACAGGGUUUAUCAUCGGUGCAGUCUGGAUGUCCACCUUCACGGAAUUCCUCCUAUAUGCCAUGAUAGUCCCCGUGAUGCCAACAGCCCUCGUAACUCGAGCCGGAGUCGAAUUUGAACACCGAGAAUAUUGGGUCAGUGUGCUUCUCAUGUCCGAAGCAGGCACGUCUCUAUUGAUGUGUCCGAUCUUCGGCUACCUGGUCGAUCGCGGACGCACACGUCGACUGCCCUUCAUCAGUGCGCUGAUCGUAUUAACUGGCUGCAUGCUGGUGCUGCAGCUGGCACAUUCCAUCGCAGCGUUUGUCACCGCUCGUGUACUCCAAGGCAUCGCAGGCGCUUUAGUGGUGGUAGCGGCAUUCGCUCUCAUCGGCGACGCUGUAGACCAGGAGCAUCUUGGUCAAACGAUAGGGUAUCUUGGCUCCGCAAUUGCCUCCGGCUUCUUGCUGGGUCCGUUCCUCGGAGGCGUUGUGUACAAUUCCGGUGGGUACAACGCCGUGUUCUGGUUUGCGUAUCCUAUUCUUGCGCUUGACAUGGUAAUGCGGCUGGUCUUGAUCGAGAAGAAGGUCGCUGCUCAAUGGAUUGGAGAAUCGCAUGGAGGCAUGGAGUCGGAUCUGGAGACGGCGCAGCGUAUCCCCUCUGUCGGUUCACAUGAACCACAGGUUGUCCAAAGGAAGGGACUCGUUAUCUUCCGGAUGCUCAAGCAGCGUCGAGUGUUGAUUUCUUCGUGGGCGCUUCUUGCGCAAGGAAUCUUGCUUUCUGCUUUUGAUGCGACACUUCCUAUUUUCGUCGAAACGACAUUUGGCUGGAACGCCCUCGGCAUGGGAUUAAUCUUCCUUCCAAUGGCCGUCCCAGCCUUCUUUGAGCCGCUAUUCGGCGGCUUCACCGACAGGUUCGGUGCUCGCUUUGUAGCUUUCGGCUGUUUCGUUUCUCUCUCGCCUACCCUCAUCUGUCUCCGGUUCGUUCACACGAAGUCAAAUGAACAGAUCGCUCUGUUAGUAUCAUUACUCUUCCUCGUCGGGAUUUUCAUCCACGCUUGCGCGCCAGCCAUGUAUGUUGAGACGCAGCGGGCGCUUACGGCGAUGGAACUCAAGACUCCGGGCAUGCUCGGGCCUAAGGUCGCGGUAGCGCAGGGAUUUGGAUUGCAGAGCAUGUGCCAAUUUGCGGGAGUAUUCUUUGGGCCGCUUUGGGGUGGGUUUGUCGAGUAUCGGUUUGGGUGGGGUGCGAUGACGGGGACUUUGGGGGUUUUGGUAGCGCUGACUGCAAUUCCGAUGUUGUGGUUGGGAGAAAAUGAGGAGGAAAGAGCUUUAAUGAGUUGA